GCGGCCGCCGCGCUCGGGGCGGAGCGGCGGGGGCAGCGCGGCGUGUCCCGUCCAGGCGCCCGGAAAGGCACCGAGGAUGAAACUGCUGUGGAGAGCCAAAAUGACCACAUUUCAGGAUGGGGGUGAAGAGGUAGAAGAGGGAGCCGUCUACAAUGUCACCCUUAAAAAAGUGCAGAUUCAGCAGGCUGCCAACAAAGGAGCAAGGUGGCUGGGGGGUGAAGGAGACCAGUUACCUCCAGAGCAUACUGUCAGACAAUAUGAAACAUCCAAGAUCAGGGCUAUAAAAGCUGGAACUUUGGAGAAACUGGUGGAGAACCUUCUCACAGCUUUUGGGGAUGCAGAUUUUUCCUACAUCAGCAUCUUCCUCUCAACAUACAGGGCCUUUGCUUCUACCAAGGCAGUCCUGGAACUUCUCCUGGACAGGUUUGGAAACCUGGAAACCUCAAGCCAUGGAGAAGUGGCAAACCUGAAUGCCUUCGAAUCCGAGGUCGCGCUCAGGGCUGAAAUAGCAUCAGUCUUACGGGCCUGGCUCGAUCAGUGCUCUGAGGAUUUCAGAGAGCCACCUGACCACACAUGUUUGCUGAAAUUGCUGGAUUACCUGAAGAACAAUAUGCCCAAUUCUGACAUGGAGAGUAAGGUGCAGAACCUCUUGAAGCAGUUCCAGAACCAAGAAGCGGAAACUGUUGAUGGGUUCUGUAGCACUUCCUCCAGUGACCUGGUUGAUGGAGAGGAAUUGGAGAUCAGCAAUCCAGAAGAAUUCUCCUCUUUUCAAGACCAUAUUGUGGCAGAACAGUUGACAUACAUGGAUGUGAUGCUCUUCAAGAAAGUUGUGCCCUACCACUGUUUGGGAUCCAUCUGGUCUCAAAGGGUUAAGAAAGAAAACAAGAACCUGGCUCCUACUGUCAGAGCCACCAUUACUCAGUUCAACACAGUUACCAAAUGUGUUGUCAGCACUAUCCUGGGGACCAAGGAGCUCAAAAUCCAGCAGAGAGCCAAAAUCAUUGAGAAGUGGAUUCAUAUUGCACAUGAAUGUAGGAUCCUGAAGAACUUUUCCUCCUUGAGGGCCAUCAUUUCAGCACUGCAGUCCAACUCCAUCUAUCGGCUGAAGACGACCUGGAUGUGUGUUUCAAAGGACAUCCUGCUGAUGUAUGAAGAGCUGUCUGAGAUCUUCUCAGACCAUGACAAUUAUCUGACAAGUAGAGAGCUGCUAAUGAAGGAAGCAACAUCCAAAUUUGCAAAUCUGGACAGCAGUGAGAAAGAAAAUCAGAAAAAGUCACAGAAGCGACUGCAACUUCAAAAAAAUAAGGGAGUGAUGCAAGGCACAGUCCCUUACCUUGGCACCUUCCUCACUGAUCUCAUCAUGCUCGACACAGCCCUUCAGGACUAUGUCGAGGGUGGUCUGAUCAACUUUGAGAAGAGACGAAGGGAAUUUGAAGUCAUUGCCCAAAUUAAGCUCUUACAAUCUUCAUGCAACAGCUAUUGCUUGAUCCCAGACCAAAAAUUCAUCCAGUGGUUCAGGAGCCAGCGGCAUUUAACUGAGGAGGAGAGUUACAAACUGUCACGGGAGGUGGAAGCAGCUGCUGAUACUAACAUCCUAUCUCCAAAAUCCCAGAAAAGCAUGGUGAAGAGGAUCAGCACACUUUUUCUGGGCACUGAUGUGAUCACCCCACCCAAAGAGCAACCCCCAAAGAGCUCUCCCCUAGGAGGGAGCUCUGGGGAAAGCACAGAUUCGGCCAGUGUUUCAUCAUGUGAGUUUAAUCACUCCGAAAGUGAGGAUGUCUGCGUGACUCCCAUCUCCAGUCCUGAGGACCCUCUGAAAAAGAUCCCUGGAUACCCCUUAUCCUCCUGUUCUCCUGACUCUUCCAUGAGCACACCUUCCUCGGGGGUGUCACCUUUACCCUCAUUCCCUACUUUGCUGCCCUCCAGUGAUGACAAGAGCUCUGUUGGCUCCGACAAGGGCUAUGACUCCGACAAGGGCUCCAUCGGCUCCGACAAGGGCUCUGGCUCCAACAAGUGCUCCAUCUUCGACAAGGGCUCAGGCUCUGACAAGUGCUCCAUCUUCGACAAGGCUUCUGGCUCUGACAGUGGCCCUGUCUCCGACAAGAGCUCUGGCUCCACGACAUGCAGCACUUCCAAAGUGCUCCCUGUUUACAACCGGCAGAACGGAGGCGCCUGCAUCAUCCGGGUCAGCAUGGAUGGCAUCAACGACAGCGUCUACAAGAGCAUCCUGAUAACUAACCAAGACAGAAUUCCUGAUGUCACCCAGAGAGCCUUGCUGAAGCACAACCUGGAGCCUGAUGCAGUGGAAGAUUACGAGCUUGUGCAGGUCAUCUCUGAGGACAAAGAGCUGGUGUUCCCACGGGAUGCCAACGUGUUCUAUGGCAUGAACAGCCACGUGAACUUCGACUUCAUCCUGCGGAAGAAAGCAGAGCUGGUUGGCUGAGACUUCACCUUCGCUGCCGUCCAGUGUUAGGGGUGGAUGUGUCAGUAUUACCUGUUGAAAAUGUGCAAUUGGAGGACUGGGCAGCCCUGGGGCAAGAGGCUGCCACCUUUGGCUUAAGGGACACCCCACGAGCCAACUCUGUGAGAAAACAGUCUCCUUCGUGCCAGUAUUACACAGAAGAUCAUCUGAAUUUAUUUUUACACAGCUGAAGAAAGUUCUGAGUGCACGUCUGCCUGAACCAGCUGAAGGCUUUUUGCACUUGUUCUGCGCCAGAGAAUUACCUGUUUUGGAUAUGGUUUCCAAAGAACUUUAAAAUGAAUGAACUGCACUUGCCUUUGGAUGAUCGUCAUGAAUUGUUCGUGAACGGGACAAACACACACUACUUGUGUUGGAUUGAGGUCUUAAUGCCAUGACAGGGUGGUUUGCCUUGGACUUUAACCCAGGGAGCAGAACUUGAUGCCUUUCUCGUGUGAUGGAUGUACCUCCUCCUCAUGUGCAAUUACUCUUCAUGAGCAGAACUUUUAAAUUUUUUAAAAGCCAUAAGUGAGACGCUGGAUUGUAAACAGCCCUUAUUUGAGAUACAUUAAAUAGAUACAGUGUUUCGGUUUCCUUAGAUAGCAUUGUGCAAAUUUAGGAGUUAGUUAUUAUCCAAAUAGAUAACUUAGGACUGUUAAGGAUCAUUAGUUAAAAUAAGAGUUUUAUCCAUGCCUGGGCCUUUCCCCCCCCCCAGUUCUGUCGCACUAAUUUUCAAAACUGGGCUCAGGUUCCGUAAGUUUUACACUACAUUUGGAUUUAUCACUUCUGUUUACAAGUAGGUAAACCAGACCUAUUGUAGGUCCAACAGGCCUGUUGUACAUCCAAGAGACCUAUCGCAGGUCCUAGUCUGAACAGUUUAUGAAUUCCAGUUGUAUCUUGGUUUAGAGGGUGGUAGAGGGAGGGGGUUGUUACUGAGCCUUAACCUUCGUCCAAAUUUAGGGCAAGACCAGAAGUUAAGUUUUCUCUGCAUUUUGGUUCAGUGUCAGUGUCUGUACAGAGCAGUUUCCCAUGUACAUACAGCAUAGUUCCUAAUGUAUAUAGUACUGUUCACUCAGAGGUUGUAUGUCUGUGUUAAGCUGAAAAGUGAAUGUUCUGGAUUUUAAAAUUACACUCUCCAAAUGUUUAUAUAUAAGAGGUUUUUAAUUGCUUACCUGUAAUCUUUAUAUGAUAAGUAUAUAAAUUGUUUUUCAUUAA